UACUCAGCUUUCACACACACUCCAAUACAUCCAAAUGGAGGAAUCAGGAAUGGACUGCUGUCUGCUGUUAUAGCACUUCUCUCACAACUAUGUCUCGCUAUUACCUUUUCUUCUGCCAUGGACAAGAUAAUCACGUUCUUGUUUUUGCUGACAUUGUUUAUAUUCAGUAAGGAUGGUGGAGUCACUGCUGGCUUUAAAGGCUCAGUCCUUGCCAGCCUCGCCCUUACCAAAAGCACUCAGGAGCAACUGGCAUUCCAUCACAACCACCAGAACCAUCAGGAUGGAGGGCUCCUUGGCCAAAGAGAGCCGACGUUCACCCUCAAGGUACAGGUGAAGAAUGCGGUGAACCAGCAGCCCCUGAGCCAUGCAACAGUGGAAGUGUUUGCAAACUACACACUCAUCAAUUCCACCACGACCAGCAUUAGUGGAGUCACCGUGCUCAAGGUGCCAUACACAAACAGCUGGCCUCUUAUGCUGGUGGCCAGGAAAGAUGGAUACAUCCAAACCCCACUGCUGUGGAAAACCACCAAAAUACCAAUUUUUUCAUCUGUAACGCUACCACUUUUUUACCAAAACCAAGGAAAUAUCUGGCUGUUUGAAGAUCUGGUUGUCAUAACAGGCAAAAUGUCUGAUACCGUGCCUCCUGCAAAUGUGCAGUUCCCAAAGAGGCUGCUCUCCUUACCAGACAACAACAUCUCCUCAUUAACAGCCUACCUGACUGUCCCUCGUCUUCCUGCAGAAAAACAUUUUUUCCCCAAUACCACCGGCAUCAUCAUGAGCAAGUCAGGAUAUAAGAGUGUAGAGUUAAACCCAAUUGCAGCAGUUAGUGUUCAGCUCUUGUGUAAUGGAGUAGAUGUGCAGAUAUCAGGCCCUGUCCAGAUCACACUGCCUCUCGCUGAAAGCAGCCAGUCACAGCUCUCCUAUACUGUCCCAGCCUGGACGUUUGACAGAACGAUUGGUGCAUGGGUGAAUAGUGGUCUGGGAAAAGUUCAGAUGGAGAACAGGCACUUGGUUUGGGUCUACACGGCUCCUCAUCUGGACUAUUGGAUUGCUGCCCCAUUUCCUUCGUCCGCAGGUUACAUGGGACAUGAAAGCACUUUGGACUUCAUUUCAUACAAUGCAUACCUUCUUGUUCCAGUGGUGGGAGGAGGUUUAAUCAUUGCAGUUGGAUUGCUUGCGGUGAUGUCAUGCUAUUGUAGAGAAUCCCUCUGUAGGCGAAAAAGAAAGCGAGUCCACAGCCGAAAAACAAUGGCUCAGAAGAAAGAACAGACCACAGGCAGAAACAACAGCAACGAGCAGUUGGACAUUUAUUUUAAAGCUCCUACAUCUCGCAAACACAGGCAUCAUUCAGCUGCAUCUGUCAGUAAGAGGAAUCGGCUUGAGCUGAAAAGUAAACUCAAUAGGAGCAUGGGGAAAACUGGCCAGGCAGAAAUUCAACUUCCACAGGAGUCUUCAAAAACAUUACAGACACCACAAAAUGUCAACAGUAGAGAACUUGUGAUAUCUGUCUCACUGCAUGAAAAUAUGUUUCCAGAAAGCUUAGGUCUGUACAACCAGUCUGUAGCAUUGAUUCAGGUUCCACAUCACAGCACAUCAUCAAACAAAGCAUCAGGAAGUAGGUCUGCUACUCUACCAAGGAAGGCAGUCGAGACCAAUGGCUUUGAAAGACAAGGUAACAAGCAAACAUUACAAACAAUGGAACUCUCAGAGGUUCAGCAGCAAGCUCGAACUAGGGAGACAAAAUAUGGAGAGCCCAGAGCAAAAGGCUGGGGCUGCUUGUUGGAGUCUGUGUCUGUCCCAGACACCCUGAACAAAUCUACAGGCACAGACGCUUCCUGUGGGACUCAUCAAGGAAGCUCUGAGCGGACACUACUGGAGCUGUCUAAAAGUAAUCACUUCCCUCAUCCAAAAGCCUGGUUCGUUUCUCUGGAAGGAAAACCUGCUGCACAGGUCUUCCACUCCAUCGUAGACCUUCAUAAAUGUCACCUUCAACUCAAUGACAGUCAUGAAACCAGCCUGGACUCAGGCGUCGACCUCAAUGAGCAGCAUCGAAAGAAGAGCCAGAGCUAUCCCAAAAGAAACACAGCUCACACACAGACAGUCUAUACCGAGGAUGCAGAGCUGAGCAGCUGUGAGAGUGGUACAAUCAUAGCUUCCACACCAGAAAACACACCCCAGGGCAGCAGCAAAACUGUGUCCUACAUGCCAAAGGAGAAAUGUGGUGAUGAUGACAUUUCAUACGAGGGCAGUGAAUGUGCACCAAGCCCUCGAGUACAAAGGCUCAAGAAGGCAAGUGAAAAACCAAAAAGCACAUGGCACCUGAGGGAGGAAAAACCGCUUAUGAAGCUAAACUAAAGGCAUAAUUAUUAAAGUAAAAAGUAAAAAAAAUAUAUUAUUUUUGUCAUUGUCAUCAUCAAAACCUAAAAUAAAAUAUCCAUCUGCUCAAACCAAUACUACAAGCCAUCAUUUUAAAAACCUUCUUAUUUUCUUUUUGUCCGUUAAACAUAUUACAAAGUUAUGUAU